AUGGGGGGGCUGCUGCUGCUGCUGCCACUGCUGCUCCGAAAUUGGGGCUGUGCUACAGGCUCUGAGCUGGCCUUCGUACGGGAGCCUGGGGACGUGGUGGCCGUGAGGGAGCGCCCGCUGGUGCUGCCCUGCCAGGUGGAGGGAGAACCGCCCGUGUCCAUUUCUUGGCAGCGGGACGGGCUGGCCCUGGCCAAUGACAGCGGCACCACCCUGAUGCCGGAUGGCUCCCUGCGCCUGGCCGCCGUGGCCCCCCGACGCAGCCUGCCUUCCCCUGCGCAGGAGUACCACUGCGUGGCCCAGAACCGCUACGGGCUGCUGGUGAGCCGGCGGGCCCGGGUCCAGCUGGCAAGGUUGCUGGGGGCAAAGCCCAGGGAGGGCUCUGGGUGCUCAGCUGGUCCCUGUGCCCUAGGUCUGUCCGGCUUCCACCGACACCCGGAGUCCGUGGAGGUGGAGCAGGGUGGAGUCGCCCGCUUCCAGUGCCUGAUCCGGGGGGUGCCGGAGCCGUCCAUUUCCUGGGAGCACAAUGGCACAGCGCUGAGCACUGCCGACCGCCGGGUCACACUGCUACCUGGUGGCAUCCUGCACAUCACCAGCGUGAGCCAGGCUGACGUGGGCACCUACCGCUGCGUGGCCCGCAACGUGGCCAACACCCGCCACAGCCAGGAUGCCCGGCUCACCUUAAGCAGGGGAUCCCCGCGGCUGCUGCAGGAGCCCGAGAUCCUGUCGGGCCCUCAGAACCUGACGCUCACGGUGCACCAGACGGCAGUGCUGGAGUGCAUCGCCACCGGCCGCCCGAGGCCGCUCGUCUCCUGGAGCCGCCUGGACGGCCGCUCCAUUGGCGUGGAGGGAAUCCAGGUCCUGGGCACCGGGAAUCUCAUCAUCUCUGAUGUGUCCGUCCAGCACUCGGGCAUCUACGUCUGUGCUGCCAACCGGCCGGGCACCCGUGUGCGGCGCACGGCGCAGGGCGUCCUGCUUGUGCAAGCUCCCCCUGAGUUUGUCCAGUGGCCACAGCCCUUGUCCAAGCCGCCUGGCAGCAGUGCUAUCUUCACCUGCGUGGCCCAGGGUGUUCCUGAGCCCCGUCUGGUCUGGUUGAAGAAUGGGAAGGUGCUGAAUCCUGGGGAUAACAUUCGGUUGACACACAACAACAGCACGCUCAUGCUGGUGAGGGUGUCCGCUGAGGACGAGGCCAUCUAUCAGUGUGUGGCUGAGAACUCCGCGGGCUCCAACCAGGCCAGUGCCCGACUGGCUGUGACAGGGGACCCGGAGCCACCCCCUGCCCCCAGGGGCCUGCAGGCAAUGGCUCUCUCCAGCUCUGCCAUUCGAGUGUCCUGGGAAGCAACGCCCUCCGACAGGGACGUCAUAGGCUACGCGCUGCACCUCCGGCCUGUGGGAGAGCCAGCCGGCCCGGGGCUCCAAGAGGCCGUGGGCGGAGGCACCUUUGAGCAUGUCUUCUCCAACCUGGAGCCGGCCACAGCCUACUCCAUCCAGCUGCGGGCCUACUCGGCGGAGGGUGCCAGCCAGGACUCUGCGUCCAUCCACGCCUCCACCAUGGGCAGCACCCCCGCCGCGCUGGGCUUCUCCACCACGGUGCUCAAUGCUACCUCCGUGCAGGCCUCCUGGCAGCUGCCACCCCAGCCGGGGCCCAUCCAGGGCUUCAAACUUUUCCACCGCAAGCUGCCGGCUGCCCACUUUGAGGGGCCCCUGCUCCUGUCUAGCAAUGUCAGCUCCUUCCUCUACACAGAUCUGGAGCCAGCCGCCUUCUACGAGAUGAAGCUGCAAGCAUUCAAUGGCAAUGGCGAUGGUGACAGCAGUGCUCACUUUGUCUCUUUGCAUGAUGUGCCCCUGGCCACCGCUGAGUCCCAAGCUGAGUGCUUGUGCAGCCGGGAUGAGAGCAGCCCGCUGCCCAGGGUAGUGGUGGGUGUGCACGUGGGCCUGGCUGCCAUCAUCGUCUGCCUCCUCUGCCUCCUCCUGGGCUGGAGACAUAGGUAA